AUGGACACCACAUCGUUCCUCGUUGCGAGGGACCUGACGGAACUGCACGAAGUGAUGAGACUGGUCCCCCGAGCUGGCGGCUGCGUUAAGUGCGACGACACAUCCAAGCUCCAGUGCCCGUCCUGCAAGUCCAACGAGAGCUGCCAGUUCACCGUUCCGCUCGAUUGCACGCAAUGCCCGCAGUCCUUCUGUGCCGUCAACGACUCGCCCAACAACGGCGGCGGCGACAAAGGCAGCAGCGGGCCCAGCGCUGGCCCCAUUGCCGGCGGUGUCGUCGGCGGCAUUGCUGCCAUUGCCAUCAUCACCUAUCUAGUCUGGAGAUUCCUCAUCAAGCCCAAGAGGCGGCUCUCCCAGUCGGUGUACGGAGUCGAAGAGAGCGCCAUCCCGGGCGGCGAGAAGAACGGCAACCGCGUCACCCGCCGCGGAUCGACGCACACCGUCCACUCCAUCGCCUCGACCGUCCUCACGCGCGCCUCCAACAUCAUCCAGAUCGCUUACAUUCCCGGCGUCACCAACCGAGCCACGCCUGCGUCACCCAACGUCCUGGUCCCCCCUGUUCCGCCGAUCCCCAUGCACCACACCGAAGGCUACCGCGACUCGUCGGCCGAUAACCCCCAUUUCUUCGUUCCCGGCAACCUGCGGGACUCGACCUACUCCGGCAUCUCCGCCUUCUCAGACCGCACCUCGUUUGCUCCGCCUCGCUCCAGCAUCGCGUCCACCAUCUUUGGCGGCGGCAAGCAGCAGGUCCUGACGCCGGCCCAAACUGGCAUGCGGGCCAAGCCCACCAUGGUCAGCGUCAAAUCCGGCUCGAGCUCGCCCAACACGCCUCCGGUUCCCAGCCUCGACUUGGACAAGUUCAGCUCUUCCCAGCACCUGCGACCUCAGAGCGCGGCAAGCAACUUUAGCGUCGGCUCUACGUUCCUCAACAAUGCCAAUACCGUCACCCCGGCUCGUGCUCAGGUCGUCAAGGUGGGCGGCUCCGGACUGAGGAUGGUGGAGAUUGCCUCCAAGCCGGAUGGCAGCUCAUCCAUCUCAAAAUCACCAAGCUCAGCAAGCAGCAAAACCCCUCCCACGAGCUCGGGAGAAACAACGACAGCCGACCAGGGGCCGUUCUCCGACCCUCCGGACCCGUCGACGCCCCAAAUCUCCGUCGAGGCUCCCUCACCUAGCAGAGAGAGGUCGUCUACCAAAGAGAACGACGUCAGAUCUGGUUCCCAAAAGCGUGAAUCUAGCCCAUUUGGCGAUGAGCACGAAACCAAGGACUGA